CGUCUUUCCUUCUUGUACUCUAAACUAAUUUCUGAUAUUUUCUCCCAUAAAAUUUGGAAAAUAGGAGGUGUUUUUCCACCACAAAUUGAUCAAUAGUAGAUAACAAGCAAGGAAAGAAAUUUUCGUUCAGACGCUCUCACAGACAUGCAAAAAGCAAAGGCAGUUAAGUUAGUCAGUGCAUUGUGAAUGAUGUCCCUUGUAAAACUGUUCUACGAGAGCGGCCAAACUGAAGUAUUUCUAUGAAUCAGAAAUGGUUGGCUAGUUCAACCAAGCAUGAAUCCCAUGCAGGUUUUACUCCAUCCGGUCUUUGACCAACUUGGAGAUGUUGAAGACAGUGAUUUACAUAAAGCAGCACGAGAUGGUAACUUGGAUCAGAUGCGAUCCCUUCUCUCAGCUCCACACUGUACUCCGUUUGAUAUCAACCUGAAGAACUGCAUGGGACAAACACCCCUGGCACAAGCAGCUGCUGGAGGUAAUCUAGAAUGUGUAAAGUUACUACUGGAGCAUAACUGUAUUACAUCUACCUCAGACAUCAAAGCUCAAACACCUCUCUUCCUAGCACUUCGAAAUCAACACUUUGAUGUUGCAAGAUUUCUUCUCAUCCAUGGUGCAAACCCAGAUGGAGAUUUGGCCAAUGCUGCAACUCCACUCUGUCAUGCAGCUUGGCAUGGUGACUUAGAAGCAAUAAAGUUGUUGCUUGAAUUUGGUGCUGAUGUUAAUCUCAAAAAUCAGAAUGAUAUCAAGAUUGAUUAUCAAAGGCCACUAAGUUUGGCUUUUGCUUAUCAACAUUUGGAAUGCGUCAAGUUAUUAUUGAAAUCAGGAGCAGACCCUAACUUGUCUGGAUAUUUCUGUCACCGAGCAGUCCGUAAAAAAUACUCCAGUAUAUAUAUCCAUCUCUUUUACCAGUUUGGAAUUAAUAUCUUUCAGAAGGAUAAAUCUCAAAUGUUUGCUUGGGAAUUAGACAAUGAUCAAAACGAGUGUGUCAAACUUCUUAACAUCCUCAAAGAAACUCCACGGCAGCUAAAAGCAUCUUGCAGGAUAUGCAUUUGGAAACAUAUUGGAUGGCAAAGAAUAAAGAAAAUCAAUGAGCUAGUGAUGUUACCUAAGUUUUUGAUAUCUUAUUUGAACUAUGAUGAUCUGUGUGGUUGAAUUCUUGGCAACAAUGUUAACAUUUCAUGCAAUUAUUUCAUGAUAAGCGUGUUUUGUUCUUAAUUUGAAAAAUGAUAUUUAGCAAAGGUUUUAAAUUCUUGUUCGAAUUAUAGUUUAAAAUAUUUGGGGUUUACAUUUGUUUUUUCUUGUUAUUUGAAUACUGCUGACUGGAUAUAUGUAAGAAGGAAAGGAAAGUGGCUUUAGGCUGAUAGAAAUGUAUGUAUCCUUCACAAAUAUUGCUUGUUGUAUUUGGAAAAUUAUAGAUUUAAACUGCUGGCUUUCAAGUGAUGUUAAAGCUAUUGAAGUGAAUUUCAUUGACAACAUUCGGCAGUAAAUUGGAAAAAAAAACUUUUAAGUAAAAAACAGAGUGAUUUGUUUCUCAUGAUGGUAGCUAAAAUAAUCAAAGAGAAUAUCAAACAUGGGGCAAAGAGAAAAGUAAUAGAAACUCUGUCAUAGCAAAAUCUCAUAGAAGUCACAAAAACUAAAUGUGAAGGUCAUAUAAACUCAUUAAGUUUUUCUAUAUGGUUAACAUGAAAAUCAAAACUGAAGGAUUUAUGUAUUGCAAUUUACAAAAUCCAAAUUACAAAAGCAAUCCAUGAUCCUUUUUACUGACAAAAAUUACAAUAGAUCAGCUGACAGUGAUGAUCUUAAGGAAGGAAGGGUGAAACUGGUGACACAUGAAUAAUUUACAAGACACCUUGCUCUCACUCUGUCUCUUUCUUUCUUUCUUUCUUUCUUUCUGUAUGUAUGUAUGUAUGUAUGUAUGCAUGCAUGCUUGCAUACAUACAUACAUACAUACAUACAUCAUACAUGCAUACAUCCAUCCAUCCAUCCAUACAUACAUACAUACAUAUCCUGUGUGUACAGUUAGAUGUAUGAUUCCUACUAUUCAGUUUAGAGCUCCAUGUAGAUUAUCAUCACCAAGUUUGCUUUUAUUAUAGUGGCUUGGUUACUACUAUACUUAGUAGUAUUACUGGUUACAAUAUACAGAGCAAAUGUAGGAUUACUUAUGAUUAACACAAGUUUAUAUAAUUUGUUCCCUUACAUUCAUUUCACUGCUGUGGUUCUUUGGAACAUCUGUAUUGGCCCUGUUGUGGUUAUGCAUCCAAUUGCACUUUGAACAUUCAAUGCAGAGGUUCCAAACAACCGCAAUGGUGAAACAUAUGUAGGGAAGAAAUAAUAUAUAAACUUGUGUUUAUCAUAAUCUUUUAUAUCAAAGUUCCAUAAUACUACUCUGACAUUAUAAGAGUGAUAAUUAAGGAACUACUCUAUUUAUAAACCAAAUGUAGUGUUAUAAAAGACAAUUGAAUUAAGAUGUCAAAAAUAUUGACAUGGAUGCUGUCUUGUGAGAUAGCUUGAGAUUGUAGUAAUGUUAUUAAGAAAGAUGACAGAUUAAAUAUAAAGUCCAAUAGAUUGUGCUGCCCAAAAUGCCUUCAAUUUACUCUGAUUUCUGUGGUACAGAGACAUUGAGAUUUAUAUAACAGAAAACUCUAAAUAAACAUUUAUAAAACAUA